AUGGUAGGAAUAUAUGCGGGCAGGCUUAAUGUAGUCAAGCACGUGAUUCACUUUAUCUCCACAGGAAAUGGAAGCUCAAGCUCAGUCUCCGCAUCCAGUAAACAGGCUUGCCAAGAACUCUUUUAUAUGGAAACGAGGAAUGGGAAGCAUGGACCAGUGGUAAUGACUUGCCUUGAUUGUUUCCUCUCAGGUGACAAAUUAGAGGUGAAAACUUAUGAUGGAAAUUCAAUUAAACCAUCUAAUGAUGUUGUAGAGACAGCUUAUAGCCUACUAAAACUUGGGUUUGGCCAAUAUGAACUUGUCGGAAAUAACUGUGAGCAUUUCGCCAUUUUCUGUAAGACGGGAAAACGUCAUAGCAGACAAAUCCGCUCCAUUGUAGAACUCAUGUUUCCGACUCCGAUUAUGCUCCCGAAUCCCUUUUUUCCUUUUUAUUAG